GUGCCUCCAAAACUCUAUAAUAUACAUCAUCUGAUCAGUACUGUACUAUUAUCUAUCUAUCUUUAUGUAAUCAAAUAUUUAAUUCUUUGAAUGUGGAUGGAUUGUCUUUUGAUAAUCAUAUAUGGAAUCUGUUUAGCUAUCCAAAAAAGAAUAUAUACAAUACAAACAAACAACCUAUUUCAGACAAAUAUUCUCUUUCCCUUACAAUAUACAUAAAGAUUGAGCGGUGGUGGUGAUUAUUCAACAACAACCAGCCAUGGACACUCUCCAGACACUUUCUUUUGGUGCUUUCUCUCUCUUUUUCUUCCUCUUCCUCUUCCUAUUCCGUUUUCGUACAAGAAUUACUCACAAACUUCCUCAUGUACCAGCGGUUCCAGGUUUACCAUUGAUUGGAAAUCUUCUUCAACUUAAAGAGAAGAAACCUCACAAAACAUUCACAAAGAUGGCUCACAAAUAUGGACCUAUUUUUUCCAUCAAAGCUGGUGCUUCUACCAUCAUUGUUCUCAACACUGCUCAACUUGCCAAACAGGCAAUGGUGACAAGAUUUCCAUCAAUUUCAACAAGAAAGCUAUCAACUGCACUCACGAUUCUGACUUCUAAUAAAUGUAUGGUUGCUACAAGCGACUACAAUGAUUUUCACAAAAUGGUCAAAAAACAUAUUCUUGCAAAUGUUCUUGGAGCCAAUGCACAGAAGCGACACCGUUUCCACAGAGAAGUCAUGAUGGAAAACAUGUUCAGGCAGUUUAGUGAACAUGCCAAGUCCCGCCCUGAUUCAGCUGUUGAUUUUAGGAAAAUAUUUGUGUCUGAACUAUUUGCACUAGCACUAAAGCAAGCUCUGGGAAGUGAUGUUGAAUCCAUUUACGUGGAGGAGUUGGCGAGUACAUUAUCAAGAGAAGACUUAUAUAACAUUCUAGUGGUUGAAUUUAUGGAGGGUGCAAUUGAGGUGGAUUGGCGAGAUUUCUUUCCAUACCUGAAAUGGAUUCCAAAUAAGAGUUUGGAAAUGAAAAUUCAGAAAGUGGAUCUCGGAAGAAAAUAUAUCAUGAAGGCAUUGAUUAAUGAGCAGAAGAAGCGGUUAGCUUCAGGGAAGGAAGUAAACUGUUUUUACGACUACCUGAUAUCAGAAGCUAAAGAAGUGUCUGAAGAACAAAUGACCAUGCUGCUCUGGGAGCCAAUUAUUGAGACAUCUGAUACUACCUUAGUUACAACAGAAUGGGCUAUGUAUGAACUUGCCAAAGACAAAAAUCGUCAGGACCGUCUGUAUGAGGAGAUCCUAAAUGUAUGUGGACAUGAAAAGGUUACAGACGACCAAUUAUCUAAGCUACCUUACUUGGGGGCUGUAUUCCAUGAAACAUUGAGGAAGCAUAGUCCAGUUCCGAUUGUCCCAUUAAGAUAUGUUCAUGAGGAUACCGAAUUGGGAGGAUAUCAUAUUCCUGCCGGAAGCGAGAUUGCAAUAAAUAUAUACGGAUGUAACAUGGAUAGCGACAAGUGGGAAAAUCCUCAAGAAUGGAUUCCAGAGAGAUUUCUUGAUGAGAAAUAUGACUCCUCAGAUUUGUACAAGACUAUGGCCUUUGGAGGAGGGAAGAGGAUAUGUGCAGGCUCUCUUCAGGCAAUGCUGAUAGCUUGCACGGCUAUUGGCAGAUUCGUACAGGAAUUUGAGUGGGAGCUGGGACAAGGGGAGGAAGAGAAUGUGGAUACUAUGGGCCUUACCACCCACAGGCUUCAUCCCCUGCUUGUAAAACUCAAGCCAAGAAACCAUGUUGAGUAGAGUAUUAGUGGUAACUUAGCUGGUGAAUUUAGUGGUUGUGGCAUUGCUACAUAUUUACUAAGUGCACCUUAUAUUAUAUCAAAUCUAAGACAUAAGCAACUUUGAAAAAUAAAGUUUGGUAUAAUUUUAUUAA